AUGGAAAUUGCUCGCCAUCAAUUCCAAUCGUCCUUGCCUGCAGUUCAAAAGGCCAUCGAUGAGUGUGAGUUUGUAGCCAUUGACACCGAGCUUUCAGGGCUACAUCGACCCGGUGGAUCACGACGUCUAGACACAUUGGCGAAUCGAUAUGCUGAAUACCGUGAAGCAACACGUCGUUUUAUUAUUAUCCAGUUUGGGUUGUGUACUUUCAAGUGGGACGAGCCUUCAGGUCGCUAUAUCGCCAAAGCCUUCAACUUUUACAUCUUCCCUACCAGCAUGACCGGCAAGAUCCAACCCGAUCGUCUUUUCCUAACUCAGGCACAAGCAUUUGACUUUUUAUCUAAACAAGGAUUUGAUUUCAACAAGUGGAUAUAUCAAGGCAUCCCCUAUUUGACUGUGGCCGAAGAAGAAGCCUAUGUACAACAAGCUCGACGCAAGAUGUCUGAAGAUUUGCCUGAUAUCCGCAUUGAUGAAAAGGAAAAAGGUUUUGUUGCGACUGCAAAGGAGAGAAUUGAUGCCUGGAUUCAAGAUCCCAGCAAAACGGAUGAUAAGGAUGGUGUCAAUAUCGAGACUCGCAACGCUUAUCAACGUCGAUUAAUCUAUCAAGAAGUGAGAAAACAGUAUCCUGAUCUCACUGCUGAAGGUCGAAAUGGUUUUAUUCGCGUGGUCAAGUUGACUGAAAAGCAGCGAGAGAAGCGUGUCAAAGAUCAGAUGACCAAACUCAAGAAAGAUUGUGCGGGCGCUGUGGGUUUCCGCCGAGUGAUUGAUAUGAUUUCUGCAUCCCGUAAACCGGUCGUUGGUCACAACAUGUUGCUCGAUAUGUGUCACGUGAUUGCCCAAUUCAUCCAGCCCCUUCCUGAAGACGUACAAGAUUUCAAAAAGCUGGCUCGUAGACUUUUCCCAUGCAUAGCGGACACAAAGUACAUUUGCGCAGCUUCACCUUACUUGCAGCCUGUGAUCGGAACAGCCACAUCAUUGGAAAUCUUGCGUUCAGAGACCAACCGCGACAUAUUCAGUAAUCCUCGUAUUGACAUGGAUAUUGAAUUUCCGAGAUACGUCAACGACAUGAAUCACGAGGCAGGUUAUGAUGCUUAUAUCACUGGUAUCUCAUUCUUGAAGCUGUUGUCAUAUGUUGAGAACCAAGUCAACCCACCACCGCCACCGCCACCUGAACCAGAAAACGUGGAGGAAGAAAAGAAGGAACGUGGUGAUCGAGAAGCCAAUGGAUGGGAUAUCUCGGAUGAUGAAGAGGAGGAAGAUUCGAAAUGGCUUGAGGAUGACCCUGCGGAUGAAAUCUACAAUUAUGGAUCGACUUAUUAUCCUCUUCGUGACAAGAAUGGUGAUCCCACAUCUGUGCUUGCAGAGUUUGCCAACAAGGUGACCAUGGUGCGUACGGGAUUUGUUUGCUUUGAUUUCGCUGGACCUGAAAAGAUCGACGAGACAAUCGAUGGAUUUUAUUUACUCUGCGAGCCAACGGCAACCUUCCCUUCAGAUGAAGCGCUACAACAAGUUUUCGAGAGCCAUGGAAAACACAUUGUGGAUAGAAUAGAUGAGAAGAGUGCAUUUGUGGUGUAUGAGAAUUUGCAGGGGAACAUUGAUGCCAUCAAGCAGCUUAUUAUUGAGCAACUUGCAUCUGGAGUUGUAGUAGAAACCAUUUCAGAUUACGUUAAAAAAGUAAAUGCUCUUUCCCUUCAAUGA